CCGCCCCUAGGCCUGCAGCUGGGUCCUGCCUCCUCUCGGGUGGGCCAUGGCCAGGACUUGGCUGCUGCUUCUCCUGGCCCUCGAGUGUCCAGCCCUGCCCACAGGUGUAGGCAGCACACCCUUUCCCUCUCUGGCCCCGCCAAUCACACUGCUGGUGGAGGGGAAGCAGCAGACACUGGUGGUCUGCCUGGUCCUGGAUGUUGCACCCCCCGGCCUUGAGAGUACCAUCUGGUUCUCAGCUGGCAACGGCAGCUUCCUGGAUGCCUUCACCUAUGGCCCUUCCCCAGCAGCAGAUGGCUCCUGGACUAGCGUGGCUCAGCUUUCUGUGCCCUCUGAGGAGCUGGCAGCCUGGGAGACCUUGGUCUGCCACACGGGGCCUGGACCUGGGAACCCCAGCCAGAGCACACAGCCCCUGCAGCUGUCAGGCAAGCCUUCCUCAGCCAGGACCUGCCUACGGGAACCUCUCAGGGGGACACGGGGCCAGGCGCUCCGGCUGGAGGCGCUGCGGUUGCUGCUCUUCAAGUUGCUGCUGCUGGACGUGCUCCUGACCUGCAGCCGCCUCCGCGCCCCGCCCGCCGCGCGGGAGGAUCCGGCCCAGGCGCUUGGUCCUGGGGACCCCGCUCCCCGCGUCCCGCACCGCCCCACCGGCGGACCGCCUUCUCCUCCCGCAGCCUCUGCCGGGACGAUCGCCCGCAGCCCCCACCGACUGGAUUAGCCGCAGUGAUGGUGGGACCCCAGGCCGAGGGCUCAGCCUGUCCGCCCCGCCGGCACUGCAGCCCUAGGAUGGCCGUGCAGUUCCCACCCGCGGUCCGGGUCAGGAUCC